AUGAUCGCAUCAAGUUGGUGCUUGACGAUACCGCUGAUCGGCCAGUGCUUGGGACCGAACUCAACUCUUUCUACUCGCCGAUUUGCGAUUUUUUCCGAGCUGGAUUUUUCUUCCGGAUUCUCCGACGCAAGUCUUGGAGAAAAGUACAAAUUCAGACCUACCGAGCUCUUGGCAAGAUCAAUGGUCGAUGAGAUUGUCCCAAUUGACUUGCAAGCCGUUUCCGGCAUCAAUCAAUUACAGUCAAAAAUGUGCGAAGUGGCGACGAAUGGUACCCUGGCGUUCGUUUUUAUUGCAAAACAAGAGACGAUCAGAUACGCGCAGGUUAUUUCGGAAAGUCUCGGAAUUCCAAUCUUUGCUGUCCCACUCGAUAAUAGAGGGGAGACAAAAAUUUCGACAACGAAUCAAAUCGGGGUAGGAAGAAUGAAGCCAAAAAUGACGGUUGAUAUCGGACAAGAAAUCAUCGGAGGACAAUACAUCCAACCGAUGGAGCAAAUAGCUGCAUUGGUGAUGUACCAACGCUUUCCGAAAAUCAUCGUUAUUUACGACUCGAAUUACUCCCUUCAAGACUUCGAUCUCUUCCAUCGAUAUCUCGGCGACCAAGUCAAGAGUUCUCAAUUUUCAGAUAUUUUCAGACAAUUCGUUUAUUAA